AGUGCGGUGCACAGUCGUGCAACAUUUUUCAUCCAUCAAAAGCGCCUAUAAUCCCCCCAAAAACACAGUAAAAAGCCCCGAAAAACUCUCACAAAUCCCUUCAAUAUCAUAAAUCAGUGAACAAUGCGUGGAAAUUGCCUCGCAUGUACCUAAAAAAAUUGUGAAAACUAGUGAGCGGGAAAAACGUUUUCGGUGGCAAUGAUGAGUUAACCGUGAGGCCAGGUUCGUAGCCAACAAACAUCGAAAGCUUGUGGACGUCGUGCAUCAGUUGAAUAACAUCUGACGAUAAAUAUCCAUCGACUUAGAAACCCCCCAAAACAAUGAGUGCAUCAGCGAUAAAAUCACCGAUGCCAGGAGUGCCAAGUUCGGCGCCCCCAACAGGUCACUCAAUGCUCCCAAUGACGGCGAUGGCCCAGAAAGUGUCCCCAGGUGCGGACUCAACAGCCUCAAUGAAGCCCCUGAGCAACAGUGGUCUGAGUUACGUGACCCUUCAGCCAGCCUCGCAGCCCCUGAGCCUGGUGCAGGACCACAGGGGUCCAGUGUACCCAGGCCAGCAGUACAGCAGCAACAACGGUGACAAGCCGGAGGCGGAAAAGUCCCUGGCGAACGGUGUCGAGGGUGUGAAAGCCCAGUUGGACCAGGAGACAAUUCCAAAACAGUCAGAAGUCAACAGAAACAACAAUCUGAGUCCCGAGAGUUUGAUCGAGUCUGAAAAGGGCCCUGGCGAUGUGCCUGGGGAGUCGAUGAAGCCAGAGGAGAAGAAAUCACCGAUGAACAAUGGCUCGAAGGACCCGGAGACCACUCAAACCCCCAAGACACCCCAGAAGGAGGAGCCAAGUUCGCAAAAUGUACAGAAAAAAACACCGACUAAACCAGAGACAUCGUCACCACUCAAAGCAGAGAUGAAGAUUGCAACUACACCCAGAGUUGUCAAGAGAAAAUCACGCGAGCUCAAGGAUCUUAAGGGGGGUGUUGGGGAGGGGGGCAGCAAACCCAAGAGAAACAGAGUUCAGACACAGCCCUAUCAGAGCCCCUUGCCAGAGAUUGCCUUGAUAGUUAAGACACUUAGCAAACCGGUGGCUAAUAAGAAUGCCGAUGACAAACUUAUUGUGUUCUAUAAGAAUGAGUUUCUCGCGGUGAGAAAUGCCGAGGGGAGCUUCUACGUGUGUCAGGCCAUGCAGAAUAUUUAUAAGAGCAGUAGGCGCAUCAGAAUUCGCUGGCUCUCGCAGGACAAGAAUAAUGGGGAAAUUUAUUCACCUGAUUUUUAUGAUUUUACUGACUUCGACUGCAUACUGACGAACCUGAACCUCAACAAAAUCGACAAGAAUAAGUUUCAGUUGACGAAAAUCGAGCUUUUGCGUACGGAAAAUAUACUGAAAAGAGCAAUAGACGUGGAGGCUGGUGUCUCUGAAAAGCCAAGUGUAACAGAGGAGCAUCCAGACGGACUUGACUUAUCCCUGUACAAAGACGAGUCACAAUUGAAGAAGAGAAAAAGCACCGUCAAAGGAAAACAACGCCAACGCAAGAGAUCAAAACGCGACACAUCGUCGUCGUCAUCCGAAGAUGAAUCGAGCGAUGAAGAUGAUAAAAAACCAAUGAGAAGCAGUCGUAAUAAAAAACGAAUCACUAACAAAGCACUGGCCAUUGCCAAAUCAGUUGCUAAAGUACCGUCACGAGCUAAACGUGCAUUAAAUCGGGCUAAUAAGAGCCCAGUUAUAAAUAAUACGGAGGAGGGAAAGCGUAAUGAUGCGAAGAAGGUGGAGAUGAAGAAAACUAUUAAGCAAACCAGUACUGCACCCAGAACGAAACUGCGUGGGACUGGCGAGAGCACAGAUGUGGAGAGGAAUGAUAAAACAUCAACGGGACGUGCAAAGAGAAUGGCAACAACCACUUCGAAAAUCACCACCACUGAGGAUUCAACUUCUCGAACUAAAAAAUCACGUGGUAGAGCGUAACUUUAAUUCGAAUGAAAUAUUACCUAAUUAACAAGGAAUUUAAUCGCAUCGAGAUCCCACGCCUGAAUUUCCCCGAAAAAUCUAAUUAAUUAAUUAUUUUCUCAUUAAAAAUGGGGAAAACGUAACAAAAUGAUUUCUCACGCCUCCUGAAUUGUCCAAUUAUCCCGUUAAUGAGUGGAUUUACGGCAAAAUGUGUCUCAACCUUUUUUGCAGCUUAUGAAAUUCCUCAGAAAAAAUGUCCUAUAACAUUUGGGCGUAAGUCCACUCGUUGCCGAGAUAAUCGCGCAUUUAAUGGGAGUUUUGUUUCGUUUUGUCACUUUGUUAUUUUAUUUUUGCAUAAAAACAUUUUAUUUUGGUUUUUCCACGAUUUUUACUGUUUUAUUUGCAAUAUUUUCUAGGAUUUUUUGAUGAUUAAUUACUGAAACUCAUGCAUGGGAUCCAGCAAAUGAAAAAGUCACGAUAUUGUGUGAAAUAAGGAUGACACGAGGUUAAAUUUAAAUACCUUGGGUUAAUGAUUAUCUACAGGGUGUUGUCAUUCGCACACUGAUGCACUAUUGCAAUAGUAUAUUUUUGAUGUCGUACACGAUUCUAAUUCUCCUUUAACUCAUGUUUGUGUGAAUAAUUUGAAUAAUUCCACGUUCUGAAGGGACUCCAGUCAAAUCAAGAAAACUUAUUCUGUUAAUUUUGCGAAUAUCUCGUUAACUAUUGGUCCUAAGAGAAAAUGUCACUGGACCUUUUUUGUAGCUGAUAAAAUUCCCCAACAAAAAUGUUCUAUGACAUUUUCCCCUAAAACCAAUAAUCAACCAGAUAUGCGCGGAAUUAGGAACAUUUUUUCUCAUUCAACUUUGAUCCACUCAUCAACAAUAACCUCUCAUUAUCUCGUUAAUGAGCGAAUCCAGCGUAAAAUGUCACAAUACAUUUUUUUUAGAGAAUUCAAUUUCCUAGAAAAAAUGACGAGGCGCAUUUUGUCGUAAGUCCACUCAUUACCCAGAUAUUCAAGUUCUGAAGUUUAAACCCCUCAAGUUGUGAUUUGAGUGAACUAAAACCUCGAAUUUACGUUAUUUCUCGUUAUAAAUUCAUCAAAACUAAUUAUGGAAAGUCCAUUAACAUCGUUAAUCACAACGAGAAAAGUAUCUGAUGAUAAAACCCCCACAAGGACAAUUAUUCAAUCGAAAAGAAUGAAUUUUUCAUUAAUUUUACUUCACUCAAUCCCAAGAGAACAAAUAAUUGUACAAAUGCCCCACAAAAACCUCCAAUCAUCAGUAAAAAAGUAAUAACCCCCAUCUGAACAAGAACAAUCCCACUAAUUAAUCAAUAGCCUCCUAAAUAGAUCGAGAAUUAGGAUAAAAUGUACAUCAUGUUUAAAAAAACAAAGCACUGCUCAAGAUAAUUGCAACCUAAACUAGCAGUUAAACGAUUGAAAAUAAUAAAUCAUGGUCCAAUUACGUAUUUUUGGUUUAAGUUGAAUGUGCAAAUUGAUUGAUCACUGAUUAAUUGCGUCAUUACGAUUAAUUGUGAGUGAAAGAUAGAUAAUUCGAGUACAGAUGACCGAAUUCUGUAGUAAUCAUGAGAAAACCAAGUAAUUAAUCGAUGAAUUGUAAUUAAAAGAGAAAACGUUUCAAUUUUUCUUUAUCAAUUCGAGGAUGCAGCACCUAAUUCAGAGGUUGUGGUACCUUUUCACCUCGAUUUAUUGAUUUAUUGAUCGAUUGAUUGGGAGGGAGUUUUAAUUGAUCGAUUGAUUGAAUGGGAAAAUUGGUGAAUGAAUUUUAAUUGCCAAGGAUUUGCGUCUGAUUGUACAUUUUCAAUCGUAGUAUGAUAAUCAUUUUUUUUUCUUUGAAUUAACCAAAUCUAUAUUCGAUUUGUUAAUUAAUUUAGGGUUAAGUUAUUGAUUGUAUUGUAUUCAUAUCAAUGUUUGAGGUAAUCGAUUUUCAUUGCCAGGUUUUAAUUGAGGGGAGGAGCGAUUAGCAUUUAGGGUAGGAUUAUUGCACGGAAUUAUUUUCAGGAGGUGAUACAUUUUUUUUAUUGACUUUAGUUGGUGAUUGAUUUUGUGGGCGAGGGGUGAGAGCUUUUUGGGGAGGGUCGGGUGAAAAUUUUGUCUGAUAAUUAAAUUAGAUAGUAUUGAGGUAAUUAAGCAGUUGAAGAUUUUUUUUUUUUUGAUUUAGUCACGUUGGAAGGAUUUUGAUAGUCAAUUUGACGAUUAUCUCGGUGGGGAGGGGGUUUAGGGGAAAAUGUUACUGAACAUUUUUUGUAGAGAAUUUCAUAAGCUACAAAAAAUGUUCAAUAACUUUUUCUUCUAAAAUCAAUAAUUACGGAGAUAAUUAAGAAAUUACAGGUGACUUUUUUUCGCGCUUGAAAUUUUUUUAAUAAUUUCGGCACUUGUUAACUGCUUUAUUAUUUCGGUAAGGAGUGGAUUGAGUGGAAAUAGUCAUAAGACAUUUUUUGUAGAGAAUUUCAUCAGCUACAAAAAAUGUUCAAUGGAUUUUUCUCCUAAAACCAAUAAUUACAGAGAUAAUCGAGAAGUUGGUGAAGUCGUUUUUGUCUCACUUGAAUUUUUCAAAUAAUUUCAGAACUCGUUAAUUAUUUAAUUACCUCUUGAAUUAAUUAUCAAUCGACAUCAGACCCCACCUGUCACCACUCGCCAAAUCAAUAAGAAAUUUAUUUUUUUUCAAUAAAUUUUACAAACAUUUUGGCCAAUCUCCAAUUUGGCAUUUUGAUGUUUUUUUUGAAAACCUGCGCAGCAGCGAUUUUCCGCGGCAUAAUUAAACCUAAUUACCUUAACAAAGAAUUGAUAAGUAUAAAAAUGAAUGAAAUUCAAUGAAAAUAAUGUAUAAAGUCUUCGAGUCUAAUCAACUUAACGAUGAAGAAGAAAAAUAUAUAUUAUCAUUUUUUCCGUGAAUUUUCCUUUUGGAUAAUUCUGGGUGCAAGUGGAAUGAACUAAAAGUGUUUCUAUUAUUUACUCCGAUGCUUUGUAUUUGAUUAUUGUAUUGGGAGAGAGAAUUUUGCUUGAAUUAAAAAGCAAUUCAAUUGUAAUCCAUUUUAUUUGACUUGCAAUCGAGUCUUGAGAAACCCAAAAUCCCGAUUAUCUCGAGAUCUGUGGAUCGAAUCACAAUAAAUCCAACUUUAUUCGAAAGAUCAGAAAAUUUCGGAUCUCAUCCUCUGGUAUUGAACCCAUUUUGCCCCACUGGUUGCCCGUAAAAUCAGCAAAGACGUUUUUCUCGGCGAAAACGGUUUUUCCCCGGUAUUUACAUGAAAAACGGGGCAGAACGGGUUCGUGACCAGAGGUUGAGGUCGGAAAUUUUCCGAGGAAUCCAACGAAGUAAAAUUUAUUUCCCUAGCCCCAUCAGAUCCCGAGAUAUUCAGCAAAAACAAAACUCGACUGCAGCAAAUUCGUCUUCACUAUAUUUUAAUUAAUUACUGAAACUUAAUUAGUAAUGAGCGUGUAUAAUAGCUUACCUAACACUUGAAACUUCUUUUUUAACUGAAAAUGAAUGCUUAUAAGGGAUUUGUAUUAAAAGCACAUGCAAUAUAGUUAAAUAAAGCCCCUGAAAACCUAAAAAGCGAGAAAAUUUGAACAAAAAAUUUCCCAUUAAUGAACUAAAACCAAUUAAAAACCCUUAAAUUAAACAACAACGUGCUGUGCUGAUACACGUGGCACAUGUGUUUGGAGUUAUGUCUGAUAAUAUAAUGAAAAUGAAUGAAUAAAUACAGAAUAUAAUUAUAAUAGUUAAGUAAUUAAGAAAAAGUGGGUUGGAUACUGAUUAAAAAAAAUAUCGAUUAUAUUUGCAUAUUGUAUUGGUCCCCCAGACAGACGUCGUGUGGAACUAAUUGUAUAAACUUAGUAAAUAAUUAAUGAUGGUGGGAGAAAUUAUUCAGCAGAUGAUUGAGAAAAAUUUGAAAAAAGAUGAUUGAGGGACAUUUCGAGAGGAUGGGAUUGAUUCAUCAAUUGAUUAAUUGUGAGGAUUGAUUGAUUGACAACGCAAUAGUAUACAGUAUAAAAAAAGUGUUUUAAUAAAUAUCAAUAGAAAAAAAAUCGAGUUACAUGAUAAAAAAUAUCUACAUCGGUUACAAAGUUUUUUUCGAAUACAAAAUUACAUUUCCCUCUGUUUUACUUUUUUUAUUAAACAAAAUCAGGCUUUGUUUUGCUCAAUGGAAGAGUAAAAUGGGAGUUUUUAUUUAUUUAAA